AAUGAUUACAUUGGUUUGGUUUUCUCUUCGUACAUCCAAACCUGCUAAUUUGUUAUGCUUUCUUGUAAAUUUUUGAAGUCCAAGUCUGUUUACCAAAAGUAUCUAUGGUUUGAGGUUAUCAAAAGAUUGCAUUAUUAAGAAGCUUUGCUGAUUUCACCUGCCCAAAGAAACAGCCACGAUCUGUUGGUAAAUCCUUUAGGGUAGGCGAAUCGAAAAGUCUUCCUGUGAUGUCUUUCAGGGUGAAUGCCCCUUUGUGAACUUGCUUAGAUAAGUAAAUUGCAUCAGUUCUUAAUAAGCCGACUGAUCUUUGCAUUUUAUACAUAACUUUUGAUAUCUGUAUGUAGGCAUCGCUUUGGGUUGAAAAAAGAGAUUUAUAAAAACUUCAGUUGAAGGACUAAUAAUUUGGUUAUAAAAGUGUCUAUAGUCUGUACCAAUUUUGUGAAAUUUGAGGAAGUCAAUAUGGCAAAGAAACAAAUAUAAACAUUUUCAAAAUUAAGAUUUUGCGAAUAGAUUUGCGAAAGUAAUGGGUAGAUUUGCCUCUGUUAUUUUUUUUGAAUUAGUGGGAGGUAUUCAUAGUAUUCACUUCAAUAUCAUUGUGUAAAAACGGAGGCAACAACAGCCUUCCUUGGAAACAACUGUAAGUCAAAGGUCAGUAGUGUACUUGCAAAUGGCGGUUUGAAAGAUGAUAACACAGAGGGUCCAUGGCUUGCCGAUCAAAUGCAGUUGAUAUGAUAUGGCACAUGAAAUAAACUUCGUUGCCUCAUCGCCAAUUUUAGCAAAGGUUCUUAAAGAAACCCAGCACAUUAGUUCAGAGACAGGACUGAGGCCUGGGAGCUCUUCUCCUUCCAGAGAUACUUCACCGAUUCACCGACAGGAGAAAGAUGCUUUGCCAGAAAACGCAAAUAAUACUGCUGCUUUUGAUUUGGAGGGGUUUCUUGAAAAAGUGCAAAUAAGUCCCAAAAGGACAGAUGAUUCAGUAGAACCAAAGAGCAACACUAAAGAAACCGAACAGAAAGAGGAAGGAAAGCAAGUGUUAAAGAAUGGUCAAGGAGAGCUUCAUAUUGUUGCAAAAGACACCAGAAAUCCGAAACUUCAUGAUUCAAGCACAGCCGUGAAGGCAAAAGUAGACUCUGACAAUUCACCAAAAGACGGUAUGGCUUGGACUGCAGAUUCACAUGGGUUCUAUCAAUCUGGAAGAGCAGGGGACUUCUUAUUGCGAUUCAGCGAGUUUGAUAAAGCAGAAGAAAUAUUCGAAGAACCCUCUGAUGAAGCGGUAAUUUCAUUCGAUAAACUUCCCGGUAGAACAAAUGGGAGCAUAUUUAGCCAGGAGAGAAAACAUCCAGACAUCUUUGUAGACGCUGAUUGCGUUGAAUUCAAGAAACCUGUUAAUGGUGAUACAUGUCAUAUGAUACAGAAUGUUCCGCUGGUAUUCAUACAAGCACCAACCCCUUCGGAUGUGUCGCGAUGCUCUUCUAGUAUUGAAUCCUCCAGAGCAGCAACACCAGAGUCAUUUUCUUGCGAUGAUAUUGCAAAGGCUUCUGGGAACGAAAGCAAUGGAACAACAGACAAAGCACCAGUGAAUACAACAGACGGGGGUAACGCAGAUAAUAUUGUCUCGACUCACGAUUCGUUUGAAGACGUACACAGAGAACAUGAAAACGAUGGUGAUUCUGUUGAAGACGAUGUUCUAGAACAGUAUUACAUAUUGCAUAACAGAUAUAGCGAAGUAGAGCCCAACUCAGACGAACUAACAAAGGAAAAAAUCGUUAUGUUAUCGGAAAUGAAAGAUGAAGAAUCGCAUGAAGAGGAAGAUGCUAGUAUCAUUUUUUCUUCAUCUUAUAAAGAAACAGAAGAGCAUGAUGAAUCUUUUAAUUCUCUAGAACAAACGAACAAUAGUUUACUUACAAGUUGGUCUGAGCAGCAACUAUCGCAUGAUAUUGCCAAAGAAGAACGCUCAGAUACCCUAAGCUUUGUGCAUCACGCGGCACAAAGUCCGAUUAUUACCUGGGAGAAAACGGUUCAUACUGAGAACCUGGACUUUGCACCAGAAAAUCUAUCUGAUGUGGAUGACGAUAUGCUAAAUACAACGCUUGGCUCUGCCACGGAUUUACGUGAAAUCCUAGAGAGAGCAGAUACUACAAACGACAGCGCUAAAGAUUAUUGUUUAGUGGAUCCAGAUAACAGUGAUGAGGAUGUUUCGAAUCGUAAGAACGGUUCUAAAACAAAGAGUACAUCUAGUUCCACUCAUGUUUAUUUAGAAGAGGGUAGACAUCAGCCAGAUUUCUAUAAUGACGAUGAAGCAUCUGGUGCUGAUAUUGAUGAGUUCGAUGAAAAUUCGCAGGACCCAAGCAUAAUAGAUGACAUGGAAGAAUCUGAUUUAGUAGGUGCCUUUGGCAGUCAUAUUAAUGUAUAUGUGAGUGACAAAGAAUUAGCUAUCAUUGAUAGAUCGGACGGCAUUGAUUCUGAUGUACUAAACGAGGAAGUUGACCCGAACAAACAGGGUGGAGUUCGUGAUGAAAAGGAAUCUGUCCCUGAAAUCGAUUAUGCAAGUCAGGAUGAGCCAUAUAUGGGAAACUCUGAUCCCAAUCAAAAAGCUACAAAGAUCGAUUGUGAUUUUGAUGUUUUGACGAAACCACAAGACGCUGAUGAAGUGACUGAUGAAGUUAUAAGCAGAACUGAUCAAUCAAACUUUAGAGUUACUAAGGAAUCUUUGCGUGAAAAUAUAGAGGUUGGAGAUUUUAGACCGUUGUUUAAUGAUUUAUCUCGUCAUCUUGAUGUUAGCAAAAGUGGGCCUAAAGAAACUGUUACGCAUAAGGUUAGGUCUUGGGAGAUACCUAUUGCUGAGCUCUUAAAUGCUUAUUGCGAAAACGAAGAACUUUUCAAGCUAAACCGGUCGAUUGGUUUAGAAAGAGCACGACUAGAUGCAAUUAAGGAGCUUCGUUUAGAAAUGGAGGAUAGUUGCAAUCAAUUACCGAUUGAUAAGAUUCCGUCAUUUGUUUAUGAUGAAUGGCGAAAAGUGAUUGAAGGCAUAACCGAAGAGCAAAUGGCGAAUUACCAAGAGCUUGAGGCAGAGUAUGAGAACAGUCUGCGACAAAUGAGAUCCGAAUUAGACACACUUACUAAAGAAAACUUCGAUUUAUCCAAAAUUGCAACCGAAGUCAAUGGUUUUAAGCUUGAAAAUGAAUUGUUGAAAAAACAGAUUGGAGGUCUUAACGAAUAUGUUUGCUCAUUGGAGAAGCGAGUGGAGGGAAGAGGGAAAGAGAAUGCCAAGAUAGGAGAAGAAGUCGAACAGCUGCGAAUUGAGCUAUCUGCUAAAAAGGAAGAGAUGAAGAAAAAAUUAAUCGAUUUCGAGAAUGAAACCAUUGAGAUGACAAGUCAGAUUAAUUUGUUAAAGAACGAAAAUGUAACGCUUGAAAAUGAGUUCAAAUUGAAAGAUAUCGAAUGUAAAAGGCUUUUAAAUGAGAAGGAAAGGACAAAAGAUGAGAUUCAUGACGAUCUCGAAAAAAUGAAUGCAAACACAAACUCUCUGCGAAACAGAAUCAUUGAGUUACAACAAGAGAACGAGACAUUGAAAACUGCAAACGAGGCAGAUCAAACAGUUAUCAAGCAUCUGGAAACUAAGCUGGAAUCUUCUGCUGACGUUACAAAAGAGCUUCGGAGUGAAAAGAGCAAACUAUUGGUGCAGGUGCAAGAAGCAAGGGUAAAGGAGUCAGAUUUACGAAAAGAAACGAAAGUUGUUCGACAUGAAAACGAUUCUUUGGAAAGGCAAAAGGAGAAGCUUGUGGAAAAGCUUGGUUUAUUGAAUAAAGAGAAGAAGUCAGUGGAGCAGCAGUUGAAUGCGAAGCUAAAUGAAGAGUCGAAAAGUACUGGGGCAAUGUUACGAGAGUUAAAGAGCCUCGAGGCCUCUUUGAACUCAGCGAGGAAAGAGAAAUCACUGCUAGAGGAUAAAUAUAACAAUCAGAGAUUUGAGCUUGAGAGGAUGUACAAGAUGUUAGAGACGACCAAACAGAAGAAAGAUGGUUCAAAUGUUGAUAGCUCUGAGACAAGUUUUGAGAAGACAGUUAGGGAAAAUUUGGAUAACUUCUCAACAAGUACCCGGGGUAUAAUGAGACGUCACCCAUCAUCAGACAAUACUCAGUUGUAUGAGAGUCAUCGUCAUUUAAGUGCAGAAAGCGCAUCGGAACAGACCAUUACUGCAGAUGUGGACAGCGCUUCUGUUAGCCAGUCAAUGUCAGAAAGAGCAUCUAGCCAUACUUCCAACGUUAAUCGGUUUGGGAGAGCGUCGCAAAGUCUGUCAGGGAAUCCUCACCCAGGUGAUAAAAAUUUGAACCCACAUUCGUUACGUACCCCAAAAAUAUCAAGCACGUCGUCACUACCCGUGCACUCUGACAACGAGAGUGUUGACUCUUACCUAGGAUUCCCAACUAGAUCUUCAAUUUUGGCAUCAGCUUCCUUUCAAAGUAGUGAAGCAACAUUUCCAGAUGUAAUGAUCGUUAGAUCUCCAGAUUCAAUGUCAAGAAACACAAAAAGCGUCUCCUCGCUUUCCUCCAGUCAGAUGUAUGGUGGCUUGCAAACCAGACAAGCUGCUGACGACUCAUCGACGAAAUCAAAUUCUUAUUCUGCAGACGAUACGAGAUCUUGGUUAAGAAACAUGGAAACCAAGUUGGAACAGACUGAUCAAAUUAUCAAAUCGAUGAAGAGAAACAAACAUGUCAACGUGUGAAUACGCCUGGAGAUAACCCAAUUUGUGGUUUUAUUAUUGAAAUGCUAUGAAAUAAGACAUUAUUGUUGGCAGAGUAUGGGUAAAUCCAUUUUGCACGAUUAUUACUUUUUAUCAAGCAACACUAAUAGUUGAGCUGUAAUUUUGUAAAACGGUCAUUUUCCCCUUCUGCGUUCAAGCAUUCUUUUCAAAUUAGUUUGACUAAAACUUUGACUAAAACUCCCCCCUGUGCAAUGUCAGUUCAGUAAAAACAUGCGUAUGGGAGCCUAAUAAACUAGGAGGCUACUGCCUGAAAUUUCGGUCCCAAUUAAAUUCAGCCUGAAAAUUCGAACUGGUUCUUCAUACCGAUCACUAAAAAAUCAUCAGCGAGUAAUCCAUCAACCUUGGGCUAUAUAUCUUGAUGAUAAACAAGACUUAAAACUUUGAGCUUUAUAUAGUGGGUAUCAGAGAUGCUUUUUAAAUUCAUUUUUGCUUAUACAUUCUAAAAGUGUUUGAAGAUGUCGUUCCACGAGCAUAAAGCUCUUAAUUAUUUCAAUAAAACACUCAAUUAAUGCAAUGAUUUAAACCCUGUCAUCAAUUAAGACCAAUUUAAGGAUCUUUAAACUCUCAUUUCCAUUCGAUCCUCAUUCUAUAAGAACCCUUUCAGACUGAGAAGCAAAAUUGUAACUGAAACACAGUUGUUAACUGAAACUUGAAAUAAUCCAUAGGUACUAAUUAAAAAUUGACUGCCUGAAGUCAUGGAACCCCCUUAAGGUAAUAAAUCAGCAUUGUAUUGCAUGAGACCAUUAAAAUUCAAGAAAGGGUGGCGGCUACAUAGAGGGGCGAGGUAAUAUCUGAUACUGUCGAAUUUUUUUACUGCAGUAUUUUGAUGAUCCAACUAAUUUUGGUAAGGAUUGCAGUUUUCAUAUUUUUAAGUUUUUAUUUCUAUCGUAUGUUUAUAUUAUAAAGUUGAUAUCAGAUUUUAUGAAGUAAAGUUUUAAACGUCAUAAAUCAAGCUACACGGCUAGUCAGAUCAACAGUUUUAUAGACUUUUUAUUGCAUUUAGCAUCGUUCACUUUAAACACAACGCUUAUUAGCUAAUUGAUAGAAGUAACUGUCAAAAUUUGGUGACUUGUCGUUACGUAACUUGUGCGAUGUGGAUCGGUAUUAAUCGUGUUGGACCCAGAAUGCGAGUACUGUAUGUGACAAACAUCACGCAGGUUAACCUCUCCAUCAACUGAAGUUAGUUUGAGAUCGUAAAAACCCUGCAUAAUUAUCCUACAAGUAUCAGUUUUGUCUGUCAGAACUAUUUUUGAUCUUGUCACAAAUUCUCAUUAUUAUAUCUAUAUUUGUUAGGUAUAGACCCUGAAAAUUUGAUCUCAUUUGGAGAGCAAGUUUGAAAUCUGUUUCCAAUAUUUAACCAUUACUGCUAUUUAUUUUAUGGAUGUUAUUUAUCUCAAUAUAUGAUGUUUAUAUCUUCAUAUAAGGUAUCACUCAUUGCAGACUUGGUAUGCUGAUUUUUUUCUGAAAUUGCCCGAAGGUACUUGCCGUGAGUCAGACAUUUUAUUGUUGCCCUUUUAAGGUAUUCUGGUUUUUAAUAGUUGUUUGUCAGUCUCGCUGCCUUGUUUUAAUAUCGUUAUGUGCAAAACACGGGUAAUUCUUCAUUCUAAAAGUAUUUCAACACCCGCAUUUGUAAACUGUGAUCAUUCCAACCAUCUUCAAUCAAUCCGCCUUUUCAUCUUCUGCUAUUCAUAGCUCUUUUUGGAACCUCUUCAAAUUUUAUCAUUCAAACUAAAUCUCAUAAAAUUUCAUAUUCGGUAAGCGUAGCAAAUACUCUUACACUGCUUGUAUUUUAUUGCUUUUUUGACAUUUUACUGAAAUUUGAUAAAUGCAAAAAAACCUAUCCUGGCUUGGAAUAGCACGAUUGAGCUCUUGACACAUAAGGAAAUCAUGCUAAAAGAGGUUGCUUUUGCAAUAUAAGGAAAUCGUGAUUAAAGUGGGUACUUGAAUAAUAUUUCAACAGAAUCUUUGUGAGUCUCUCUUUGAGAGUGAUAAUUAUUGCACAUAUUGAUUAGCCCAUUUAAAGGAGAACCCCCCUUUCUAUUAAACUGUAUUUUCUCACCCUGGAAUUGCACCUGCAAACUCACCGUCUUGAUUCUCAGUCAAACCCCAGAGCAUAACUAGCUUUCUAUCUUUGCACUUCAUUAUCUUGACGAUUUUUAUGAUUAGAUUGUGACGUGUUUCAAGUGACAUCUUUGUUGCGGACAUCUUUGAAAUGUUAACCCUAUUUUAAUUCCCUUAGAAUCGCGAUGAUUCCUGUUCGUUUAAUAUUUAUAUAGGACUUUAUCAAAGAAGUACUAUAUCAUUGUGUAGCAGUAUUGUAUAUACGUAUUUGAUACGAAAAACUACAAAGAAAAUAUUUUAACUGUUUCAAACCAGUAUUUUUGUACCCAUGUCUGUUUUAAUGCUUUUGUAGUCAAACUGUAUUUAAGAUAAACCUGUAGCCGUGCGUGAUGUACAUGUGGUUCUUUGAUUGGUUGGUCUAUCCAACCACUGAGAAAAUGUUAACAAUUCUUAGCCUGGUUCCUUGAAUUGGCAGGCCUGAUUUCUCAUUUUUCCAUGACAGAAAAACAGAUCACACCAUCAGUGGGUAACGAUAUUUUAUUGCCUUUUUUUCAAUUCCUUAUUGAUGUGGAAAUAAGGUCGCUCCUUUGUCUGGACGAGGAGUUCGGAUAAAAGAGGGAAUGUUUUCAGAAAAAUAGCUACGAAGGCGACUCUGUUUCUGACGUAUAUAAUCUGUUUCAGAAUGUUACUGACUUUGCCUUGAGUGAAAUACAGCCGAGUCAACAAUGACCCUACCAUUACUCGCCAAAAUUAGUAUCUUUUUGGUUGUAGAAACCUGAAGGUUCUCUUUGAUGGAUGAAUUCAAAGCUGUACUUUAAACAAUUCAAAAAUAAUCUUUCUUUAGACCUUUUGCAUGCUUACCCCCCCCCCCACCCUUAACUAGCUACCCCUCAAAUCCUUUUGGGGUCUGAGACACAGGCUACCCAAUCCGUAUUAUGCUCCGCAGUUUGAUUAACCAAGUCCAGCAAUUCCCCACAAUGCAGUUCUCCUUGAGGAUAACCCUUUACAGAGAACUACGACUUAAGCCAUCUGCAACGAAGCUUACUAGUCGUUAUUUUUGUAGCAUGUUUUAAAUGUUAUUACGAAUUUUUAUAACUGCCUUUUAUAGAAAAGGUACACGGUUCAAAAACUAGGCGUGUUUACAUUAUUGUGUUCUUUUAACGAUUUUAAUGUAUCAAUGAGAACAUUUUUUGUUUUCA